GCUACAGAGCACCGCAGUACAGCGCGUCGCUACCCCAGUACCUCAAUGUCAUCGUUACGGGAACCAUCUGUUCAGAAAAUGUAACCUCGUAUCAGAUUUGAUCAAAUUUGAUUCAUCUGUACAUACAUUCUCAUAAAGAAGGAUAGUUGUGAAUGUAGGUCCCGGCAUAGGCUGAGCUAGUACACAUAUAUAUCUCCACAUGUUUCUGGUAGGCUUCGUGUGACAUAAGUAUUACUAUAUGAAAACAAGGAUUUCUCUCGAACGUCACAGCAGUUCUCGAAUUUUUCUUGGUCAUUCUUGACUAUUUAAUCACUGGAGAAUUUCUGUCAUUGUUCUCAGCAUCCAAACAAGUCAAAGCAAUGAUGCUCAACCUGGACGAUGGCUCGUGGAAGAUAGAACUGCGCAACAUGUGUUUAUAAAUGCCAUUCGGAUACAUUUUCUUUUCUCCUGGAAUUUAUUCUUAAGUGUGUGUCGUGGAUUGAUAUUCCAACUAGGUGUCCGGAGGCAUGAUUAUACUAACCAAGCGUCAUGAACAUGACUAGGCAGCUCUCUAAGGAACCAUGCGAACACCGUCGUUUCAAUACUGGACAUUGCUUGUGUUACUUUUAGGACUAACGUCGGCCUAUGGGUACUUUGGUUUUGUAAAUCAUCAUGAGAACGUUGCGAAGGGUAGAACGAAUAUUGGGUUGACUGCCUGGGACCCCAUGCUAUCUCACAGCUAUAACUUCGAGGAUAACUACAUCGACGACGGGCGAGGAAACAGGGGCAUUUCCUCCACCAAACUGUGUGAAAUGAUGAACUUGCACAAAAAGCAAAAACGUAUGUGCCGGAGAGGGCGUGGCGUGGCACGGACUUUACUGGACGCUAUUGAGCUCUCUGUUAUGGAGUGUCAGUUUCAGUUUCAGAAAGAGCGAUGGAAUUGCUCCCUUUCGGAGCCCCAUAGGCGCAACCUUCUCAAGAAAGGAUUCAAAGAAACAUCGUUCCUUUACGCCAUGUCUUCUGCGAGCUUAGUACACGAAUUUGCACGUGCGUGUAGCAGUGGGCGUCUAGACAGAUGCACUUGCGACGAGUCAAAGAGUCUUCAGAACAAGGAAGCAUGGCGGUGGGGUGGCUGUGGUGACAAUGUUAAAUACGGCUUCCGGUUCACAAGACGGUUCCUUCGACGGGCGAGAAGAAGAGGCAAAGACCAUCGGGCAAUGAUCAACCAGCAUAAUAGCAAACUGGGGAUACGAGUUGUUCGAAGCAACGUCAACACCACGUGCAAGUGUCAUGGCGUCUCGGGAUCAUGCACGGUCCGCACGUGCUGGCAACAACUCUCUCCAUUCCACAAGAUUGGUAAUAUUUUAAAAAGGAAGUACGAACGCGCAGUGAAAGUCGAAGUUGAUAAUAACAUAUCAUAUGGAAAAUAUGAAUUACCAAAAGGGGACAUAUCUAAUGCAAUUCGCCCCAGUCCGUUUUUAAGUGCGUACGGAAGCAGCAUGGUGUAUAUGGACGAUUCGCCGAGUUAUUGUUCCCGGAGUAGAUACUCAUUGGGCACAACCGGAAGGGAGUGUGACAAAGACAGGAACUGUGACGCCAUAUGUUGUGGGCGUGGCUACAAUGUGCAAACAAAGGCGUAUAACCGGUCCUGCGCAUGUCAGGUAGUUUGGUGUUGUGACUUCCACUGUAAACAAUGUCUGUUUGAAGAAGAAGUCUACUUGUGUAAAUAAAAUGGAGAAAAUAAAUGUCUCAUGUAACUAAUGUAUUGAACAGACGAUACAAAACGACAAACUACAUGUGUUUUUUGUCAAGUGCUAUGCACCAAUCUACGCUUUGCCUGAUGAAUGUAACUCACGGCACCAACGACAUCAUCUGUACACAACAGACAGAUUAUCAGCAUUGCCUGGUCCCCAAAAUACAUUUACUGUGCAUCGUCGCUUUAACUGGAAAUAUCCUUUGAUAUAUAUAUAUAUACAUACAUUUAUUUAUUUUUGAAUACUAGGCUAAACAAAUGAGAAAUUGGUACAUACAUUUAACAUGACUAUGCGUGCAAAGAAAUUCACUUGUAAAUCCGUCAUUUCAAGAAAAUAUCUAAAUCAUUUUUAGUAUGGAUCAUAAGGAAAGCGUGUAUAUUUAACUAUACGAUAUAGGUAAUAUUAGAUGUAGGUCACACCUUGUAUGUAUCGCAGACGUUUUCAAAUAUUUGUAUUCUGUAAAUAUAGUGUAUAAUUUAUGCCACAAUGAUAACCAUGUACAAAAUUUUGUUUUCUUACUAAGCAACGAACAUAAAUGUGCUCAUUUGUCCUACAAAACCUUAUAGUGCUUAAUCCGUUUAAAUACGCCUUUUAACUGUCUAUCAACAUGUUUUCUUUUACAUUGAUUUUCGUAUAUACACAGUGCUUGUUAGAAUGUUCAUACGUAUUCAUUUAUAUUUCACGCGCUUCAUUUAUGUUUAAGAGUAGGCCACUGUUCUGCCAAUGUAAUAAGCAAAUAUACAUGUAGAUUUCUUUAACUUAGGUGUGAUCUGAUAAUGAGUUAUGAUCUGGCACUGAAAAAUGACAUGAUAUGGUAAAUUUUCAUUUUGACUUUAGAAAGAUUCUUUUUGAUUACCUAUAUUAUGUUAUUGACUUUAGAAAAAUUCUUUUUGAUUUCUUAUAUCAUGCUAAUUUUAACUUGUGCGCAAUAUUAUUUCAAAACUAUGAAGAAAGUAUACUUUGUCCCAAGUUUUCGCGACUACUCAUUGAUAAUAUCAUUUAAACGCUCAGAACAACACAAUGGUAUCAGUUUGUUAACUAUCGAAUAACAACGAAUAGUAUCUCAAUGAUACACGUUUCAAUUACAAUCAUUGUAGCUAGUUCAAAAGCUUCCAAGAAAUUUUUUAUGUAGGACCAACGUAGGACGCCCUGUCGAUAAUAUGGGAGAAGUGCCUUUUCGUGUAGCGUCAAACAGCGUCAAACAGAUUAUGUUGCCUAUCGUUUUCAAGCGUCCAACAGGUUCAAUGUCUCUCUGUUUGUGUAGCGUCCAACAGGUUCAAUCGCUCUCUGUUUGUCUAGCGUCCAACAGGUUCAAUCUCUCUCUGUUUGUGUAACGUCCAACAGGUUCAAUCGCUCUCUGUUUGUCUAGCGUCCAACAGGUUCAAUCGCUCAUUGUUUGUCUAGCGUCCAACAGGUUCAAUAUCUUUCUGUCUGUGUAGCGUCCAGCAUGUUCAAUCUCUCUCUGUUUGUGUAACGUCCAACAGGUUCAAUCGCUCUUUGUUUGUGUAGCGUCCAACGUGUUCAAUCUCUCUCUGUCUGUGUAGCGUCCAACAUGUUCAAUCUCUCUCUGUUUGUGUAGCGUCCAACAGGUUCAAUCGCUCUCUGUUUGUGUAACGUCCAACAGGUUCAAUUGCUCUCUGUUUGUCUAGCGUCCAACGUGUUCAAUCUCUCUCUGUUUGUGUAGCGUCCAACAGGUUUAAUCGCUCUCUGUUUGUGUAGUGUCCAACAGGUUCAAUCGCUCUCUGUUUGUGUAGCGUCCAACAGGUUCAAUCACUCUCUGUUUGUGUAGCGUCCAACAGGUUCAAUCACUCUCUGUUUGUGUAGCGUCCAACAGGUUCAAUCUCUCUCUGUUUGUGUUGCGUCCAACAGGUUUAAUCGCUCUCUGUUUGUGUAGCGUCCAACAGGUUCAAUCGCUCUCUGUUUGUGUAGCGUCCAACAGGUUCAAUCACUCUCUGUUUGUGUAGCGUCCAACAGGUUCAAUCACUCUCUGUUUGUGUAGCGUCCAACAGGUUCAAUCUCUCUCUAUUUGUCUAGCGUCCAACAGGUUCAAUCACUCUCUGUUUGUGUGGCGUCCAACAAGUUCAAUAGCUCUCUGUUUGUCUAGUUUCCAGCAAGUUCAAUCACUCCGUGUUUGUGUGGCGUCCAACAGGUUCAAUCGCUCUCUGUUUGUCUAGCGUCCAGCAGGUUCAAUCACUCUCUGUUUGUCUAGUGUCCAACAGGUUCAAUCUCUCUCUAUUUGUCUAGCGUCCAACAGGUUCAAUCACUCUCUGUUUGUGUGGCGUCCAACAAGUUCAAUAGCUCUCUGUUUGUCUAGUUUCCAGCAAGUUCAAUCACUCCGUGUUUGUGUGGCGUCCAACAGGUUCAAUAGCUCUCUGUUUGUCUAGCGUCCAGCAGGUUCAAUCGCUCUCUGUUUGUGUUGAGUCAAACAGGUUCAAUCGCGGCGUCUUUGGCUUGGUAAAGAAAAUCAAGAAAUUGACAAUGAUGUGUUGUCAUAGUUAUUUAUGAUUCAAUUUUCUAAAUGCCAAAUUGAGGUUUUCGCUCAAUUCAACCUCACGAUAGUUAUAUAUUAUUAAUUUGAUGCUUUUUGUAAUACAAAAUUAUCACCUUCGUCAAAUUACCGUUUGCUGUUAAACCGGCAUAAAUUGUCAACUGUACUUAGUAAUAGGCGCAUCUGUGCUGUCAUUGAACCGUUAUUGGCCUUGUUUGAUGAAAUAUACAAUGUAUUGUGUGGUAAUAAUAAACUUUAUGACGUACCUGUUAAAUGUAUAGUAAUAGUGAAAACAUAUAAUCAGCCCAUCAAGGACAUUAUAGCUUAAUUAUCUUUGAAUCAUUAAUUUAUUCAUUGUGUUGACCAUCAUACCUGUAACUAAAUUAACAAAGGAUUCGUGUCAGAAACGACUGUGAUAUAUUCAUCUCUUCGUGUCCUCAUAUCAUACAUGUAUGUACAUGUAUAUUAUAUUUAUAA